GUGUGUCGCUUCCUUUCUUUUAACACUCCUCUAUCUAUUACUGCUCCAUCUCUUUUAUUGCUCUGAAACGCCUCCUACCAUCCAACUUUUAUUGUUCUUUCAAUAUUGCUGCCUAAACCCUAUGCACUUACAGACUCUUUCCCACUUUCUUUCUCUCUUUUUCGUCUUGUACUACCAUGUUAGACACUGCUGAGCGUGAUUCUGAGGUGAGUUUGGAGACCGUCUAUUCUUCCACACUUGGAAGCUCAAUGAGCAGCGAGAGCAUUUGUAGCACCAGUUUCAGCCGUCUUUCCUUCGAUCUCCUCCCUCCCUCUCCCGAGACUCUCUCCAUCAAGCCUCACCGCUCCUCCGACUUCGCCUACUCCGCCGCCUUCCGCCGCAAGGCCGCACUUACCUUCCGCGACUUCCACCUCCUCCGCCGCAUCGGCGCCGGCGACAUCGGCACCGUCUACCUAUGCCGCCUCCACAACAGCAACCAAUUGAAGAAUCAGGAUGAAGACGAAGAAGAUGUUUCUUGUUUAUACGCCAUGAAAGUGGUGGACAAAGACGCAGUGGCAUUGAAGAAGAAGUCGCAGAGAGCGGAAAUGGAGAAAAAAAUCCUCAAGAUGCUCGACCACCCGUUCCUCCCUACGCUCUACGCCGAGUUCGAAGCUUCUCAUUUCUCUUGCAUCGUCAUGGAGUUUUGUUCCGGUGGAGACUUGCACUCCCUGCGCUUCAAGCACCCUCACAACCGUUUCCCUCUCUCCUCCGCAAGAUUUUAUGCGGCGGAGGUGCUGGUGGCGUUGGAAUACCUCCACAUGCUGGGAAUCAUCUACAGAGAUUUAAAGCCUGAGAACGUGUUGGUUAGAUCAGACGGUCACAUCAUGCUUUCUGAUUUCGAUCUUUCUCUUUACUCAGAGGCAAUCCCAGCCGUUGAAUCCUCCCCAGAUUCCUUACCAUCUUCAAACGCAUUACCAUUACCUUACGCUUACACUCGCUCGCAUUCUUUUAUGAGUCCAUUCUCCUGCUUCUCAAACCGGUCGCGCGAGGUUCGAACUAUUGAACCGAAUCGGCUUUUUGUUGCCGAACCGGUUUCGGCUCGGUCCUGUUCCUUUGUUGGGACCCACGAGUACGUCUCGCCGGAGGUCGCUUCUGGCCGGUCGCACGGGAACGCCGUGGACUGGUGGUCGUUUGGAGUAUUUAUCUACGAGCUCAUCUACGGUCGCACGCCGUAUGCGGGUCCAUCGAAAGAGGCUACGCUGCGGAACAUCGUAAAGAAACCACUGGCGUUCCCCACGGCCACACCAACGAGCAAUCUUGAACUGCACGCGCGGGAUUUGAUAUCCGGCUUGCUGAACAAGGAUCCGGCGCGCCGGCUCGGCUCGAAGCGCGGCGCCGCUGACGUCAAAAAGCACCCCUUCUUUAAAGGGCUCAACUUGGCGCUGAUUCGCAUGCAGACGCCGCCCGAAGUGCCUGGCUCCAGAAGAAGGACCAAAACGACGUCGCUGUACCCCGUGAAGGGUAACGGCAACAACAACCAUAAACAACAACAGACGGCGUCGUUUGAUUUUUACUUCUAAAAAAAUACUACGAUGAAAGUUUUGUGCCACGUCUCCAGUGACCUAUUGUAUAUUGGAGCUGUCCUUUUUUUUUUAUAUAUAUAUAUGGAAUAAAAAUAUUUAUAGUAA